AUGCCUUGCGCGCCCACGGGCACGCCGCUGGCUCCCGCCGCGUCUGUCUCACAUUUCGGCGCUUCUGACACGCGAGGGUGCAUCGAGCCACAGUCGACCCGGUGGCUGCGCUGGCGGCCGACGGACGCGGCACGGCUUGCGCGCAGCGAGGGGCUGAUGCUGGAGGGCCUGCGGUACCACCAGGAGUUUGUGGCGGGACUCAACACGAUAUCCAAUGUAGAGUUCAGGAGGGGCGCCGCUGCUGGUGGCGGGGGGCGGGAUGUCAUGGUUCUGCUUCAUGGCUUUGCUGGCGGGCUGGCGUGUUGGGCGCAGAAUUGGGAAUUCUUUUCAGCACACUACGAGUUGUACGCCAUCGACCUGCCUGGGUUUGGGAGAAGUGAGCGGCCGUGUGUGAAGGUGGACUCGCUGGAGGGCUCGAUGGGGUUUAUCUGCGGCUACAUGGAGCGCUGGUUCUGCGAGAUGAGCUUCGGGCGUCCCGUCAUUCUGCUGGGCCACUCCUUCGGUGGGUUCGUGGCGGCACAUUACGCCAUGCGCCACGGGCCGAGCCGUGUGAAGGUGUUGGCGCUUGCCGAACCGUGGGGCGUGAACGACGCCGACCCCGGGCGCAUAGAGCGUGCACCCGUGCACUACCGGCUUGCGUUGAAAGUCUUCUACGCGGCCAAACCCUUGUCGCUGCUUCGCGCCGUGGGGCCUGCGGGGCCGACGUUUUUCAGACUUGUGCGUCCUGACUUUGCGAACCGGUGGCGGGGCUUCUUGGCGAACCCGCAGGUCUUUUACGACUACACGUACCACUGCAAUGCGCAGCUCCCCCCGCUUGGGGAGACGCUUUUCAAGGCGUGCUGCCACGCCGACGUUGCCGCCAAGACGCCUCUUGCGGCGGUGCUGCCGAAGGGUUUGUCGCGGGCGAUCCCGUUGGUGGUGGUGUACGGCAGCCACACGUGGCUCAAUGCCGAGUGCGGUUUUACGAUGGUGGACAAGAUGGCUGCGGGCGGGCACCAGGCGAGGGCGGACACAGUCAUGAACGCCGGGCAUCAGGUCUUCACCGACAAUGUCGAUGCGUUUCAUGAGAAGAUGUUGCAGCUGAUACGUGAUGUGUUGCGUGCGGGAGAGCCUCCCAGCCACCAUGAUGCCCGCUGCAAUGGCACUGCGUUGCCUCGCGUGAGUUGCGGUUUCGAGCAGAGGGGUCACGUGGGGGGUGCCGUGCAGGACGAAGGGGGCAACACGGCAAGCCACGGCGGGGCGUGA